UUGACAUCAGCAACAGAGACAUCCUUUUUGUGCAGACUGAAGUUCAUCACCAUGGCCAAGACAACUUUGGCUGUCUAAUAUGUCAUUUUUGUGCUGUUGUCCCUGGUGUGCCUGGUGUCCAAGAUGAAUAAAGUCAACCAAAAGUCGUGCAAAACACCACCCUUUGAGAUAAACCAACCUGACAAGGAUGACGAUGACACCAACCCUGGCACUUGCAAAAUUGCAGUCCAGGAGAACAGCAAAGAUUUAAGAAAGGUGUUUAAUGAUCCCAUCCAUGGCCACAUCGAGUUACAUCCACUUCUUGUCAAAAUCAUAGACACCCCUCAAUUCCAGAGACUACGAAACAUCAAGCAACUUGGGGGGAUUUAUUUUGUUUAUCCAGGAGCAUCUCACAAUCGCUUUGAACACUCGAUUGGGGUGGCACAUUUAGCAGGUGAGCUUGCAAAAGCUCUGAAGGUGAAGCAGUUGGAGCAGAUCAAGCCACUGGAGGAGUUGAAGGAGUUGAAGGAGUUGAAGAAGUUGAAGCCUUUGGAGUUGGAACAGUUGAAGAAAUUGCAGAACUUGACGCCUCAGGAUUUGAAGGAGCUGCAGGAGUUGAUGCCUGACAAUUUGGAGAAGUUGAAGAAAUUGCAGAAUUCGAAGCCUGAGGAUUUUGAGAAGUUGAAGGCUGAGGAGUUGGAGGAUUUAAAGAAAUUGGUAGAGUUGGAGAACCUUGGUUUUACGAAGUUGGAGAAGUUGAAGAAAUUGCAGAAUUCGAAGCCUGAGGAUUUGGAGAAGUUGAAUCCUGAGGAUUUGAAGAUGUUGCAAAGGUUUAAGCCUAAGGAUGUGGAGAAGUUUGAGAAGUUGGAGAGGUUAGAUGAGUUGAAGAAAUCACUCAUCAGUGACCAAGAUGUUCUCUGUGUGCAGAUUGCCGGUCUUUGUCAUGACCUAGGACAUGGGCCCUUUUCUCAUUUUUUUGAUGGGAUGUUUAUGGAUGCAAUCAAAAGAGACAAAAAAGGCAAAGCAGACAAAGAAGUCACAGACAAUGAAAAAUGGACGCAUGAGAAGGCCUCUAUUGAAAUGUUUAAACACCUACUGGAUCAAAAUGGCUUAAAAGAAGUGAUGAAGAAAUAUGGACUGAAAGUAGAUGAAGAUGGAACUGACCUGGUGUUUAUUGAAGAAAUGAUUAAGAAACCUCAGGAUGAAAAACCUCAGAAUGAUGCAGCUCAGGAUAAUGAACAUCAGAACAAUGAUGCUUCCAAGAAGGUACUGUGGCCAUAUAAAGGUCGAGAAGAGAAAAAAUCCUUUCUCUAUGAAAUUGUGUCAAACAAGAACACCGGGAUUGAUGUUGACAAGUUUGACUACUUUGCCAGGGAUUGCCACCACCUGGGCAUUCCGAACAGCUUUGACCAUCAGCGCUUCGUCAUGUUUGCCAGGGUGUGUGAUGUGGAGGAGGAUAGGAAAAAAACUAAGCACAUUUGCUCUAGAGACAAGGAAUCUGCAAACCUGUAUGACAUAUUCCAGCAAAGGCUCUCGAUCCACAGAAGAGCCUGCCAGCACAAGAUAAAAAUGGCAGUAGAAAUUAUGCUCAAAGAUGCCCUCAUACUAGUAGAUGACCAUCCAGACUUCAAAAUUAAAAGUUCAAAAGGGGAGAUGCUAAAUAUCUCCCAGGCAAAUGGUGACAUGGAGGCAUACACAAAGCUGACAGAUCAUGUGUUUGAAAGAAUACUCCAUUACCAGGAAGGAAGGAAGGAACCUUCCUCCGAGGAAGAAAGGAAAAAAGAACAAGAUUUGGAGCAGGCAAGAGAGAUUCUACAGAGGGUCGUGGAAGGAAGGAAGGAACCUUCCUCUGAGGAAGAAAGGAAGAAAGAACAAGAUUUGGAGCAGGCAAGAGAGAUUCUAAAGAGGGUCAUGGAACGGGACCUGUACCGCUGUGUGGGUCAAGCCAAGAAAAAAUCAGGAGAGGAGAUAAAGGAAAGGUUAAAAAACCUGGUUAACGACAUUCAGGAGGACGGGAAAGACAGAGAUGAAGUUAAUAAUGUCACUUUGACAUAUAACAUGGGAAAUGAGAAGUCCAUCACUAAAGAAUAUUCUUAUGACAAGGAGAACUCUAAAACACCAGAGGACAAGAAAAAAGAAAAAAAGAAAGCACUUGAGAAAAUUAAGGAGGAUUUGGAAGGUAAACUGAGUGAAUGCUCUCCUGAUGACAAGUUUGAAGUUAUUGAUGUCACUUUGGACUAUGGGAUGGAAAAUGAUGACCCCCUCAUUAAAGCAUAUUUCUAUCGCAAGGAUAACCCUGAUAAAGGAGAACCAAUCCCCAAAUCAGAUGUGUUCAGUGUCCUCCCAGACUGGUUUUCUGACGAGAUGCUUAGGGUUUACUGGAAGAAUCCUAAGGAACUAACAGAUGAACAAAUAAAAACAAAAGAGGAAGAAUUCAAGAAAGUCUUCAAUGACUGGUGCAAGGAGAAUGGUUAUAAGGAUCUAAACAAGGAAGUCCCCAGCGCUGGUCGAGCAACUUCAGGAAAUGAAUGAAUGAAUGAAUGAAUAUGUCAAAGAUUCAGUUAUCAAUUUUUUUUGUGCAACAGUAGAGAUUUUAAUAUAGGUGUUUUGAAUGAGAAAAAUAAUGUUGUUUGAUUUUUUUUUCAUUGUUUGAUUUAAAUGUUAACUAUAUGAUUUAGACUAGAUGUGAAAUUUUAUCAAAAUAUUACAUAUUGAAUGAUUUUUUUGUGAUUUGGACUAACUGAUACUACUUCCUUUAACAUGUAUCAAUAUGAAAUAAGCUCUUGAUAAUCUAAAAUAAAAAAUUUAUUGUAAUGUUUUGACUACAUAUUGCACGUUUUCACUAGAAUCAAACUAAAUAGAUCACCUCGUUUCAAUACAUGCAGUUUUGGGUACUGUUGUGAUUUGGUCAUUAUCUGAAAAUUCAUUAUUUAUCAUAUCGUCUAUCAAUGAAAAUCUAUAAAAGUUAGAAUCUUUCAGCUGUUUUCCUGUUCUGAUUCGUUUGCUGCUGAUUUCUGGUAAAUUCCAAAUAAAGCUAAUUUUCUCUUA